AUGUCUCUUCUCAAACGUCCGGCCGGCUUGGGGAGAGACACGAUUGAUCUGGCCAUCCCUACUUCGCCUAGUAAUUCCAUUGUCGGUGACGAUAUUCUAAACAUCGAACUAUCAGACUUAAAUGCCGUAGAGUCCGCACGUCCGUCUCUUCCUCAGCUUUCUACCAAGAUGUCUUAUCAACCGCUCACCUCAGAUGACCCGGAUGAGCAAAAGAAGACGUAUGGAUCCUUGGAUACGACACCGACUGGGAGCCCUACGGCUCUACUCGGUGAAAGUCUUCGGGUCGAAGAUCCUGUACCAGAUAUAGAAAACCCUUUCCUAGACACAGAAACUGCGGAGUAUUGGCGACAGGUAUACGAAAACUGCCAGUACGAAUGUAGGCACGUCUUUAAUCCGAAAUUCGAGUGGUCAUCCAAAGAAGAAAAGGAACUAGUUCGGAAGCUUGACUGGAAAGUCUGCUUAUGGGCGUGCGUGAUGUUCUUCGGCUUGCAAGUAGAUCGCGGCAACCUUGGACAGGCCGUCUCAGACAACAUGUUAGAUGAUCUUGGCCUGGAUACCAAUGAUGCGCUCUCUCAUCACAUCUGCUAUCUGAGUAGCCUGUUAUCCGCUAACGCGAACGGUCUUACCAACGACUACUUAGACUACAAUUAUGGGCACUCUAUCUUCCUAGUCUCUUUCUUGCUUGCUGAGUUGCCUUCGCAGCUCUUGUCGAAAGCUGUGGGCCCAGAUCGUUGGAUCCCAAUGCAGAUGGUUUUAUGGUCAUUCGUCGCCAUUUCGCAGUGUGCCCUAACUGGUCGCGGAUCAUUCCUAUUAACGAGAAGUUUACUUGGGUUUUUCGAGGGAGGCUUCAUUCCUGAUCUGGUGCUCUGGCUCUCAUACUUCUACACGUCGCGGGAACUACCAAUACGUCUUAGCUAUUUCUGGACAACACUCUCAGUGACGGGCAUCAUAACAUCAUUGAUGGCCUUUGCAUUAUUGCAUCUAAGAGGCCUCUUUGGUUGGGAAGGUUGGCGAUGGUUGUUUUUGGUUGAGGGUUUUAUCACUUUAUGCGUGGGGUUGGCGUCUUUUUUCAUGAUGCCCGCAUCCGCAGUGCAGACUAAAACCUGGUUUCGCCCGAACGGUUGGUUUACGGAGCGAGAAGAGGCGAUUGUCGUUAAUAGAGUUCUCCGUGAUGACCCCUCUAAAGGAGAUAUGCAUAAUCGUCAAGCCUUGACGCCAAAGCGAUUAUGGGAAGCCUUAAAAGACUACGACUUGUGGCCUUUAUAUGCUAUUGGCCUAUUUGCCUAUGUACCACAGUCACCACCGAAGACUUAUCUCACUUUGAUCCUUCGUUCUCUUGGAUUCAGCACAUUCAAUACCAACCUCCUGACCAUUCCGGCAGAUAUAUUCCACAUCAUCAAUUUAAUCCUGCUUACUAGAUUAUCCGAAUGGUUAAAUGAGCGAUCACUGGUAGCUAUUGCACAGCCCCUCUGGACACUACCCUGCAUCUUCGCCCUAAGAUUUUGGAGCGGCGUGGUUGAAGAUAGAUGGGGCACCUACGCGAUCAUUGUAACAUUACUAUCUUACCCAUAUUGUCACGCGAUUCUUGUCGGCUGGUGCUCCAAGAAUUCCAACAAUGUCGGUACACGAACAGUCUCAGCUGCUUUAUAUAACAUGAGCGUCCAAGCCGGAAACGUGUAUGCUUCGUACAUCUACCGUGAUGACGACAAGCCUGUUUAUCAUCGCGGCAACACUACUCUUCUAGCAAUUAACCUAAUAUCCAUCCUCGUGUUCUUGUUAACAAAACUCUAUUACGUCUGGAGGAACAAGCAGAAGGAACGCGUGUGGAACGCGUUAACCGAGGAGCAGCAAGUCGAAUAUAGGAGGACGACGAAGCUCCAAGGUUCCAGGAGGCUUGACUUCCGGUUCGCGCAUUGA